CGGGCAACCGGCAACCGGCACCCGGCACCCGGCACCCGGCAACGACACCGGCACCGGCCCCGGCACGGGGCAGCGGCACCAACACCGGAGAGUGGCACCGGACACCGACACGGGCAGCGGGCAGCAGUGAGGAGGCAGAGAUCCCGGCUCCAGCCCAGGAAGCCAUCAGGGAAGUUCACAGAGUCUCCAGUGGGCUUCGUGCUGUGGCCCCCCAGACACAGCAGCCCGGUGGAGACCAUCAGAAGCUCUCUGAUCUCCUGGGGGAAACCAAGGCAUCCGGGCAGCUGUCUGCACAAGGCACCACUGCCAUCCCAUCACCCAGCGGGAAGCAGCAGCCAUGGAUGAAGUGACGGAGCUGGAGCUGGGGGGCAACUCCCUCCUGAAGGCCGUGUGGCUCGGCCGGCUGCGGCUGACCCGGCUGCUGCUGGAAGGGGGGGCUUACAUCAACGAGAGCAACGACAAGGGGGAGACGGCGCUGAUGGUGGCCUGCAUCACCACGCACGUCGACCAGCAGAGCAUCCACAAGGCCAAGAUGGUGAAGUACCUGCUGGACAACAGAGCCGACCCCAACAUCCAGGACAAGUCUGGGAAAACCGCCCUCAUGCACGCCUGUAUCCGAGGGGCUGGGGGGGAUGUGGUGUCCCUGCUGCUGGAGAGUGGGGCAGACCCCAGCCUGGAGGACCACUCAGGAGCCUCAGCGCUGGUCCACGCCAUCAAUGCCGAGGACAAGGCUGUGCUGCAGCACCUCCUGAAUGCCUGCAGAGCCAAGGGGAAGGAGGUGAUCAUCAUCACCAUGGACAUAUCAGCCUCUGGCACCAAGACGGCCAAGCAGUACCUGAACGUUGCCCCUGCGCUGGAGUUCAAGGAGAAGGCUCCCCUCGAGGAGAGCACAGCCCCCUCCAGUGCCCACCUGAAAACUCCCAUCUCAGCACCUUCCCCUGCCGAGAAGGAGAGCAGCAAUCUCACCCCACACCCUUCUCACACUGGGGACACUGAGCCACCCUCGCCGGGGCAGAGAGCUGGCACUGCCCGGAGAGCCCACCUGCCCCGGCUGAAGCGACUGCGGUCAGAGCCAUGGGGCCUGGUGGCACCCUCGGUGCUGGCGGCCUCCAGUCACCGCGACGACACGCGGGUCUGCGCUGACAGCGAGGUCAUCACGGGCAUCGGCGACCUCUCGCUCUCCAAAAAGCCCUCCCUCACCCGGAGCAGCAGCAGCAAGGGCAGGGACCCCUCUCUCUUCCCCCCAGUGGAUGAGCAGGCACUGGGGCCGCUGGCACGGAAAGCCACGCACGAGAAGAGCCCAGGCACCCACCCAUGCCUGUCCCGGAGCAUCACGGUGCCGGAGGAGCUGGAGGGCACCGGCACGGCCGCCAGCUCAGCUGCAGGGACGGACACCCCGCACUGGUGGAGGCCGGGCACCGAACACAACGGGGACCCGCAGGUCACCGAGGCGGGGAAGGGGCCGUCCGAGAGGCGGAGGCUGAGCGGGUCCCAGCUGGCCUUGCUGGACGGUGCCUGUGACUCUCCCUCCGGCAGCACCAGCACAUCGCCCAGCAGCGGCCGGCGCCGGCCACCCGGCUUGCUGGAGAGGCGAGGAUCCGGGACCCUGCUGCUGGACCACAUCUCCCACACAAGGCCAGGAUGUCUGCCCCCCUUGAACGUGAACCCCAACCCCCCGAUUCCUGACAUUGGCUCCAGCAAAGCCCCCUCCCCGCUGGCUGCUGGGCUGAAGCCGCUGGUGCCCCUCACACCCAGCUCGCCCAGGCGGGGCGAUCUGAGAGCCCACAGGAAGCUCCUCCGCAGGCAUUCCAUGCAGGCAGAGCAGAUGCGGCACCUCUCCGAUUUUGAGGAGGUCGUGGCGCAGUAGCCGUGCCACCAUUUGUUCACAGGGAGGUGGCCAAAGCCGUGCUGUCCCCGCAGAGACGGGACGGUUCCCACACAGAGUGGGCACUGGCUCCGGGGACACACACUGGUGGCCAGGGGGUUUCAGCCCUGAGCCCAGGGGCUGAAUCGGGAGCGGGCUGAUCGGGAGACCGAUCCCCCACCGUCCUAGAUCGCCAAGCUCCGUGCCAGGGAUCCCACCUGCAGGUCACUUAUUCCUCACUAGUUACAAUCCGCUUUUCUUAUAUCCUGCUCGUUCUCCCACCGAAUCCCGUCCCGGAGCCCCCGGUGGUGACCCCUGGGGCCGAGGCGUUCAUGAAGUGCCUUCCAGGAGGGGAAGGGGCUCAGUACCGCGGGGGCUCGAGGAGCGGAACACCCUUCCAGCCACGGACUGGUGUCGGUGCUCUCCCGGAGCGGGAGAGGGAGACAACGCUCCACCUCCGAGAUUCCCGAGGGCGCCGGAGCCCCGGCGGCCGAGCUCACCCGGCACCGCGGCAGCCUCGUCGGAUGGGCUUGUCUCGGGAUGCCAAGUCACCGAGGGUGACACGGGCUGACCCCAGGGCUUCAUCCCACCGGGAAAGUCGCAGGCACCGCGCCAGGACCCCGCGGGCU